CGCCCCCUCCCCCCCCCGCCGCGUCGUCCCUGUUGCCGCCCGAGGGGAGGCUGGAAGCCUGUCCUCGCGCUCUCCCUCCGGGUCUGAGCUGCAGCGGCGCGUAGGCGGAGGCGGCGGCGGCGUUGUGCAGCGGCCGCGGGGCGCGCUCCUCCCCCGCCUGCGCUCCCCCCGCUCCUCCUCCUCCUCCUGCUCCUCGUCUUCGCCCGGCUCGGUGAGCUGCGAGCGGCAAGAUGGCGGCGCCCAGGCCGCCGCCCGCCCGGCUGUCCGGCGUCAUGGUGCCCGCGCCCAUCCAGGACCUGGAGGCCCUCCGCGCGCUGACGGCGCUCUUCAAAGAGCAGCGGAACCGAGAAACCGCACCCAGGACUAUCUUCCAAAGAGUCCUGGACAUUUUGAAGAAAUCUUCCCAUGCUGUUGAGCUGGCCUGCAGAGAUCCAUCCCAGGUGGAGCAUCUGGCCUCCAGCCUGCAGCUGAUAACGGAAUGCUUCAGGUGUCUUCGAAAUGCUUGUAUCGAGUGUUCCGUGAACCAGAAUUCCAUCAGGUAG